UGUUGGGCUUUGAUAGGCAGCACUCUGACAAGCAAGGCAUCACUCAGGUGCGGCGCUGCUGCGGAACACCGAGGACAACGGAGGGGAGUUUAUACCCUGCCUGCUGUUUAAGGAGCAACUCUGAUCUCCAGGAGGGAUAAAGAGGAGUUUCAGACCAUUUGAAGGAAGCCUGGAGGAAUUCUCUGAGGACAGACGCAGCUUGUGAGACAUCCGGACUUCACAGACCUUUUGGUUGAACGUCCGCAGAGCUGCUUUUUUGUCAUGAGCUUCAGCCUUCUCUGAAGAUCCCUCCUCAAACAACGCUCUCCUCAUCAGCUGAUCCAUGGACCCUCAGGUGUGUCCACCUGCUGCCGCCAGCAGCCUGUCCGUCAGCAGCCUGUCCGUCAGCAGCGGCCGCGAUCGAUCCCCAGCCAGCACUUUCAAGCCGGGACACUCCCGCAACAGCAGCACUGGCUCAUCCAGACCCUCCAAACAGUCUCGAAACUGGGAGGUGAUGGACGACCUGCAGAAUCCAGACCCUUGUUUGGUUCCGGGAUCCUCUCAAGACCUCAGUAUACCUGGGAUCUGUGAAGGCUAUUUGAUGAAGAGGAGGAAGUACCCACUGAAAGGCUGGCACAAGAGAUUCUUCCUGCUGGAGAGGGGAAUUCUCAAGUAUUCAAAGACCCAGCAAGACAUUCAGAGAGGAAAGCUCCACGGCUCCCUGGACGUCAGCCUGGCUGUCAUGUCUGUCAACAAGAAGUCAAAACGUAUAGACCUGGAUGCUGGAGACAACCUCUACCACCUCAAGACAAAGAGCAGUGACAUCUUCUACAUAUGGCUGACCAAGCUGUGUGCCCACCGUGUUUUUAGGAAAAAUGAAGCAAUGACUGUUCAUCGGGGAGUCCUCCAUGCGUUGUCGCUGACCCAGAGCACCCUGCCAGCCCAGCAGAACAGAGCUCGGCCCGCUUAUUAUGCUAGCUCAGCAUCCAUCUACAAUCCAGAGAUGGCGAGCCCGGCCCCGGUGCCCACAUACCCAGGAGUGACCAGCAAGGUGUCGGCCUGGCUGCAGCAAACCCAUGACAUCGAUGCUACCUCCAACGACCUGGUUCGCUGUCAGGCAGAGCUGACGGAACUGGCUCAGCUCAUACAGAGACUACACUGGCUGGAGGGCGGCCUGCCCAUCACCGACACGGACCUGGAGAUGAGGAUCAGCAUGCAGAAUCUUUCCCUGGAGAAACCCAAAAAGAAGAGUGGGAGGGCGUUGGGCCAUUCAAGGACUUUGUCCCGUGUUGAGGCCAUGGGGGGGAUGUUCACGUCCAGCCACCUGAGCACCAACUGUAGUUCAUCGGUUCAGUCCAUCCCCGACUACGUCUACUCCCAGCUGUCCAACCCUCAGGUCACCUCACCUGAGGCCAAGAAGCUCCACCAGGACAUCUGUGCUGUGUCUCAGAGAGUCCAUGCUGCUCUGAAGUCAGUUCAUGAGGUUCUGACCCUGGAGAGGGAGCGACUGAGGCAGGCCUGGACCGGGCCGGACCUGAGGCAGAACACCUCCCAGCAGCUCGCCACGCUCUGCAGCACCCUGGCUGAGCUUGACGUGCAGUCUCAUCUGACCAAAGUCCACUCGCUUUCCCUGUCUUCUGACUCUUCUGAAGAAUCCUUCUGCACCGUCCGUCCGGACCAGAGGACACCAUCCAUGGAUCGUCACAGUCGCCGUCCUCCUUCGGUGGCAGAUUCUGUGCAGGAGUAUUUUGAUGCCAGUGAGGUGAUAGUAUGUGAGACUUCAUCAGAGGCUGAAGCUUCAGAUGAAUCUGGUCUGAGUGAUAUCACCAACACCACCACCUCGGAGCCUGAAGAGGGACACUCCACUGCCACCCUCAACUACAGAGCCAGUCUUAGCAGCGCGAACGACAAACCCCGCUUGGUGCCUGCAGAUACCGGUCGUCGGACUACCCUUCCCGCCCUAGGAGCGGACAACAGCCACAUUGGGAUCAUGACUAUCCUGUACAACAACAUAGGCAAGGACCUGUCCAGGGUCUCCAUGCCAGUGGUUCUGAACGAGCCGCUGUCUUUGCUGCAGAGACUCAGUGAAGAGCUGGAGUACUCCGAGCUGCUGGACGCCGCAAACCACAUCGAUGACCCGUAUGAGAGGAUGGUUUAUGUAGCAGCAUUCUCCAUCUCGGGUUAUGCCUGGGCAUCCUGGAGAUAUCGCUACAAACCCUUCAACCCCGUCCUGGGAGAAACGUAUGAAAAUCAUAGAGAAGACAGAGGUUUUCAUUAUGUCAGCGAACAGGUUAGCCAUCACCCACCCAUCUCUGCCUGCCAUGCAGAGUCAGAAAACUUCACUUUCUGGCAAGAUCAGAGAUGGAAGUACAAGUUUUGGGGGAAGUCGGUGGAGAUAAUCUCCAGCGGACAGGUCAAUGUCACCCUUCCAAAGUACGGUGAUCACUAUGAAUGGAACAAGGCGGUGACCUGCAUCCACAAUGUGCUGAGUCAGCAGCGCUGGUUGGAGCACUACGGCGAGGUGGUCAUCAAAAACACACGCAGCGACGUGUGCACCUGCAAGAUCACCUUUGUUAAGUCUCGCUACUGGAGUUCAGACAACAGUAAGAACGAGGUGCAGGGUGUGGUUCUGGACCGGGCUGGAGAGGUGGUCCAUCGCUUCGGAGGCCUCUGGCAUGAAGGCAUCGUCUGUGACACUCUGUCUACACCGCAGUGCAUCUGGAAGCCCAAUGUGCAGCCCGAUGACCACGCCCAGUUCUACGGUUUCUCACGUUACGCCCGAGAACUUAACGAACUGACAGCAGACCUGAAAGAUGUCCUCCCACCUACAGACACCCGGUUCAGACCAGACCAGAGGUUCCUGGAAGACGGGAAGGCUGCAGAGGCAGAUAAAAGGAAGGAUGAGGUGGAAGAGAAGCAGCGAGAGAGGAGGAAGGAGAUGGCCAAGAGAGGGGAGGAGCACAUCCCAAGGUUCUUCAGAAAGUCCGUGGAUGAAGCUGGAAGAGAUGUGUGGCUGUCUAAUGGAACCUACUGGAAGAUUCGCAAAGACCCGGGCUUUUCCAAGACCGAAAACCUGGACUUAUGGUAGAACAGAGCUCAAUGCCUCGGUCAGAAGAAACAGCUGAGUAGCAAAAUGAAGAGCAACGCAUGACGUAGAAGAGAAACGAGGAAAGGUGCUGCAGUGAGGCUGCACCGGAUCAGGUUUUAUGUCGGCAUGAAUGACGUACAGAGGUGACGUGCCACUGGGAAGCAGAUGUUUCCUGGUCUGCAAACCUGAAUAUUUGCUUUUUACGUAGGAUAAAUAAAUUUGAAUUUCACCACAA